AAUGGAGAAAAAGAAAAAUGAAUAAGAAAAUGUAUAUGGAAUAUCUAGAUCAGUAAUAAUUGAGAGGAAGAAGAUGGAUCAUAGAAGUUUAGUAAAGACUUUAACAGAUUAAGGUAAUAAGAUUAAUAAGGAUGAUACAGAUGAAAGUGAGAAGGAAACAUUUGAAAUUGGUAAUUGAAAC